CCUAACCUCUGCUCCGAAUUGAUUCAACCCCUUGAAACACAUGUUCAAGAUCGUAUGGGGGUUUAAAAUUGUAUUAAUACAUCCAAAAUGUCCUUUUAUUGUGGUAAAUUAUGCUCAACAAUAUUACUAGAGCAUUUUGGAAGUAUCGUUCAAUCAGUGGGUGAGUGUUUGUAUAAAAAUGGUUCACAGGGAUUACACUUUGUGACGGUAAAUACUAAUAUUCCCCUUGUCAAGGUGAAAGAAGCUUUAUGUGUUCUCAUUAAAUAUGGACUUGUCUUCCAUGAAAUGUCGGAAAGGGGUAUGAAAUAUACUCUCCUUCCUGAUAACGUCACGAUGGUACUCAGAUACUCUAGGUUCAUGUUUUUUGUUAAACAAUGUUGUGGGGAUGAGGGAGAAAUUAUACUAGAGGAGAUACUCAAGCAGGGAUAUGAUACAGCCUCUCAAGUGAUUGUUAAAUCAUAUAUGAGAAUGGUUCAGAAGCUGGGUGAUGCUGCUCCUUCUCUGUAUUUGAUGAAAGAAAAAUUCGAACUCUUAAUUAAAAAUCAAUUUUUAAUGAGGAGCUCGUGUACAGAAGAAAUGGGGGAGAUCACAACAGACAAGCCAGAUUUCAUGAUACAGACACUGGACCUCAAGGCACUUAAGAGUAUAGUUGAAGGGGUUGAGGUUGAUCCUGGGGACAAGGGGAUAUACUGGCGAGUGAAUUUUGAUCGGUUGAUUCAGGAUUUGAGGGAUAAAACGCUUGUGGAGGCUGUCUCCAGAAUGGUAGACGAUAAUGCUGGGGAAAUGAUGAGACAGAUGCUCUUUCUGAUGUACGAGAGGACGGCCUCAUGGGCAGACACCUCAAACCCCAUUCCCUACAUCGAAAUUAAGGACAAAGUCAAGGGAUUGGAUAUUCCAGCACUGACACAGUAUCUUGAUCAGUAUCUACGACUGAUCGAAGAGGACUCGAGGCAAUUUUUGAGACGGGUUGGGGACUCUGGUGGGGGACAGUUCAGUGUCAACGUCAAGGAGGCAUUCGCCCAACUGGCCUGGGCAACCCUGGAGAACAUCGUGAUGGAGAGGUUUGGGUCCAAAGCAGCGAGAAUUUUCAGACUAGUCAAGAGUAAAAAGUACAUCGAGGUGGAGCAGAUCCAGCAACUGGCCAUGAUUCCUGCCAAGGAGGCGAAGCACUUGACUUUCAUCCUCUUUCAAGAAAAUUAUCUGCAGAUGGCGGAGGUGAAGAAGGCCGGGGUAUCACAAGCACCGUUGAAGGCUUUCUUCUUGUUUCAUAUUGACUUGAAUCAAGUUGUCAGGAUGGAGAUGGAGCACUGCUAUCAUGCGCUGUACAAUACCAUGCAGAGGAGGGAACACGAAACUGUAGAUAACAGGAGGAUGAUUGAUAAACAGCUGAGGAUUCAAACACUUAUCAGUAAUUUGAAGGAAAGGGGGGCACCUGAAGAACAGCUACAGGAGAUCGAGGAGAUGAUGACACCAGCGGAAAAACUUCAACUUGACAAAGUUCAUAAUAUUAUCAAGACCCUGGGUGGUGCGGAAUUGCAGAUUGAGGAGACACUAUUUUUAUUCGCCAUGUAUCUAAAUUAUCAUUAAUUAUUGACAAUUGAUGGUAAUUUCAUAAUUUGUAAAUAAAAUCAGUUGAACUGACA